AUGUUCAACUGGAUCUCUGCCUUCAGAAAACUGCCCGACCAAUUCGUCCUCAACCAUCAAACACUGGACAACUACCUCUUCAUACGCUACUUCCGCAUGCUCACAUACAUCUGUCUUGUGGGCACCAUCAUCACCUGGGUUUUCUUGCUUCGCGUAAACUACAAUGGUGGUGGUGGUCAAUCUGAGCUCGACAUGUUCACAUUCAGUAAUGUCUCAGAGCCCAACAAGUUUUACUGGCAUGUUGCAUGUGCAUGGCUCUUCCUUGGGUUCGUCAUGUUUGUCAUCACCAAGGAGACUCUCUACUACAUCAAUCUUCGUCAGGCAUAUCUCACUACUCCUCGCAACGCCACUCGCAUGUCGACUCGUGUUGUACUGUUCACGGGUGUCCCAGAGGAUAUGCGCCAUGAGAAAUGGAUCAAGGCCGAUUUCUUCGGCGUCAAGCAUGUCUGGCUGGCCACAGAUUGUACCGAGCUCGAGUCUCUGGUCAACGAUAUGAACAGCACUGCUAUCUCAUUGGAAGAAUCAGAGAUUAAGCUGUCUACGAUUGCCACAAAAAAGCAUCUGAAAGGAGAGAAGCAUUUCGCGGAUGAUCCUGAAAGAGCAGGUACUGCCACUCAACAGUGGGUCGCACCCAAAGAAAGACCUUCCAAGCGCAUUGCACUCGUUGGUAGAAAAUUGGACGCUAUCGAGAUGUACCGUGAAAAGCUGAAGGCAAUAACACCAAAGGUCAAAGCUCUUCAAAAGAGACAUGUGCAAGGCUAUGAAAAGCUCCUCCCUGCAGUUUUUGUCGAAUUCGAGACUCAACGUGCAGCACAGCUUGCCUACUCGGACCCUUUCUACAGACAACCUGGCAAGAUGGAAGCAGCGACUAUCGGAAUUGCAACUCCAGAUGAGAUUGUCUGGGCAAAUCUGGCAAUCGGCAAGCCUGAGCGUUGGGUGCGCACCAUCAUUGCGAAUACCAUCAUCAUACUUUUGAUUGUCUUCUGGUCCAUUCCCGUCGGUCUCGUUGGAUCGCUUGCCGAUAUCGACAAUCUUGCUCAGAAUUUCCCUCCUCUUGGUUUUGUCAACAAACUUCCAGCUUCGACAAAGGGUGCCGUCAGUGGUCUUCUUCCCACAAUCUUGAUUUCUGCUAUCCUGGCUCUCGUUCCCAUAAUCUGUCGNCUGUAA